UAUAACACUAUAACCCUAUACUACUACUACACAAAACAGAACUCACCAUUACAUUUUUUUAAAGAAAAUGAUGAAUGCUAGAGUUUUUCUCGGCGCACUUGCCCUUGCCACCAUUUUUGAUUCCUGGGCUCACUCCGCCACAUUCACAUUCACAAACAACUGUCCUUAUACUAUUUGGCCCGGAACCCUUACCGGCGGUGGCGGCGCUCAAUUAUCGUCAACGGGGUUCGAGUUAGCAUCUAAAGCCUCAUCAUCCCUCAACGCGCCUGCCCCGUGGACCGGCCGGUUUUGGGCACGGACUUCUUGCUCCACGGACGCCAGUGGGAAGUUCACCUGUCAGACUGCCGACUGUGCCUCCGGUCAGAUAGGUUGCAAUGGUGCCGGUGCAAUCCCUCCGGCAACCCUAGUAGAAUUAACCCUAGCAGCCAACAAUGGACAAGAUUUUUACGACGUUAGCCUAGUAGAUGGGUUCAACUUGCCGGUUUCCAUCACCCCACAAGGUGGAACCGGCAGCUGCAGCACCUCCUCAUGCCCGGUCGAUGUCAAUGCUGACUGUCCGGCUGACCUUGCGGUGAAAAAUUCAGAUGGUGCCACAAUUAGUUGCAAGAGUGCAUGCGUAGCAUUUAAUCAGCCACAAUAUUGUUGCACGGGAGCUUAUAACACAGAAGCGACUUGUCCACCCACGAACUACUCUCAGUACUUUGAAGGGAAGUGUCCUUUGGCUUAUAGCUAUGCCUAUGAUGACAAAACUAGCACAUUUACUUGCAAUGGUGGACCUAACUAUGCUAUUACAUUCUGUCCGUGAGUAAUAGGACAGACUAAGAGAGAAAUUUUUGUUUAGUAGUAGCUAAAAUAAUUUAGAUUUCUCUCUUCUAAGUUACUUGUUGUACUCGUGGUCACAGUACUUGACCUAUAAAUAAUGUGUACAAUAAAUAUAAAAAUAAAAUGAACAUGUGGAAGAGGUCUUCCCACUUACAUUGAAUCAGUGUGCAAAUUAACCCUAGCAUCCAUUUGAUUCUAUUAUCAGGAAGUAUCCAUGUUCUUAUGCUUAUUGUAUAAUCAAUAGGACAAUAGGUUCAAAAUAUAAGCAUUUUAUUAUUAUUAUUAUUAUCUUUGGAAGGUAAUAAACAUUUUAUUGUGUA